GUGAACCCGCGAGACAUCGUAUUAUUGUUAUCUCGGCUCAGCGGUAAGCUUACCGCCGCCUCGUCCCUCGUGAAAUCUCGCGUAUUCUGCGCUUUGGGGCAAAGCUCUCGCCUUUGGAGCAGAAACCCUAGCUGGUGGAUCCCGCCGCGUCCGUCGCCGUUGCCGGAUCUCACCGCCCGGCUCUUUGUCAGAGUCUUGCUGACCUCCCCGGGGAUCUCCUCGCAGCUUGUGUAAGUUUUAUGCUUUAUUGAAAUCAAAAGGGGGUGGGUGAUCAGGUGCUUGAAGAUAUUCACCUCUUUCAACACCUUUGUAGAUCAUCUCUUUAGCACUUAACAAAGAGGUUGAACUGUGGAUUUGGAUCAGUUGUCUUUAGGCUUGUCUGGUAGCUCUGGCGCUGGAGAGCUAUCUGGAUUCUAGUUGCCAGCUGGGGCCCACCCCUUCGGUGGCCCAAUCACGGGUCGCUGGUGGUGGAGGCCCGACCCUGUCAUCCUCUAACUCUGGGAUUUUCUUUCAAAGUGAUGGCCAGAGCCCUGCUCCAGUGAGUUCCUUAUCAGUUUCUUCUCGGUCAGGCCCUGUCCCUACUUGCGACAUGAAUCGCAUGGUUCCCAACAGUGCAGCAAAUUCCUCUGGUCCAAGUGUUGGCGCUAGUUCACUGGUCACUGAUGCUAAUUCUGCACUUUCAGGCGGCCCUCAAUUGCAACGAAGUGCUAGCAUUAAUACAGAGUCCUACACACGUCUUCCUGCCUCGCCAAUGUCCUUCUCAUCGAAUAACAUCUCAGGUUCUCCUAUGGAUGGAUCCUCCCUUGUGCAGCAGAGCUCACAUCAGGAACCGAUGCCAAAACAAGGGGCAUCCAGUGUGACUUCUCAGUUGACUGGACAGGAGCAUCUGGGAAACCUACUGCAUGCCCAGAAGAAGCCGAGGAUUGACAUGAGGCAAGAUGAUGUUCACCAGCAUGUCAUCCAACAGUUGCUGCAGCGUCAAGACUCAAUGCAGCUUCAGGGGCAUCCCAGCCCACAAUUGCAGGCCAUGAUUCAGCAGCAAAGGUUAGCACAGCGCCAACAACAGCAGCAACAGUUGUUGCAGUUCUUGCCACAGAUGCAGCGUGCUCAGAUCCAACAACACCAACAGCAAAUGCGGAAUACCUUUCAGCAGCAGGCAUUCCUUGAGAAACAGCCUAUUGAGAGUGGUAUUUGUGCCCGGCGGCUAAUGCAAUACAUAUAUCACCAACGCCACUGUCCACAGGAUGAUUCUAUAUUAUACUGGAGGAAAGUUGUGGUGCAAUAUUUUGCUCCCCGUGCCAGGAAAAGAUGGUGUUUGUCUAUGUAUGAUAAUGUCGGCAAUCAUGCUGCCCUUGGUGCUUUUCCUCGUAGUUCUACGGAAGCUUGGCAAUGUGGUAUAUGUGGUUCUAAAUCUGGAAAAGGAUUUGAGGCUACUUUUGAAGUUCUUCCAAGGCUUAAUCAGAUUAAGUUUGACCGUGGAGUCCUUGAUGAGCUCCUUUUUGUUGACAUGCCCCAUGAGUACCGCCUGCCUUCCGGAGCCAUGGUGUUGGAGUAUGCGAAAGCUGUUCAAGAGACUGUAUAUGAGCAGCUACGAGUUGUUCGUGAGGGCCAACUCCGGAUCAUAUUCUCUCAAGAACUUAAGAUAUUAUUAUGGGAGUUUUGUGCUCGUCGGCAUGAGGAAUUUCUUCCACGUAGAUUGGUUGCACCUCAGGUUAAUCAACUGUUGCAGGUUGCACAGAAAAUUCAGAGUACAGUUUCUGAAACUGGAUCUACAGGGGUUUCAUCCCAAGAAAUGCAAAAAGCUAGCUGCGACAUGUUUGUUACAGCAGGUCGUCAGCUGGCAAGAAGCAUUGAGUUACAGUCUUUGAAUGACUUGGGAUUUUCCAAAAGAUAUGUGCGAUGUUUGCAGAUUGCUGAGGUGGUCAGUAGCAUGAAAGACUUGAUCGAAUUUAGCCAAGAACACAAGACUGGACCAAUAGAAAGUUUGAAGAAUUAUGCUCGGCAAGCUUCAGCUAAGCACCAAUCACAAAAAAUGCAAGAGAUAGAACAACUUGUGAAUGCUCAAUGUCUUCCAGCUGAUCAGAAUGCCCUGAACAAAAUCUUGGCUAAUCAUCCGGGGCUAACCACGCAUUUGAACAACUGCCACUCUGGAAAUCGAAUCUUGAAUAACAAUGCUCAGGCUGCCGUAUCACUGAAUAGCUACCAGAACUUGCUGAGGAACUCCAUAAAUCCAAACCAAAACACAAUUCAGACUGAUGCGUCAUGUUCCAUGGGCGGUCCUACCCAGGCGCCGCAAGUGCAAUUCCCUGGCCCCAUGACUUCGAUCCUAUCGAACCCUUCUGUCAACAGUUUAUCAGGGCCUCAGCAACAGCAGCAGCCGCAGCCGCAGCCGCCACAACUGACUGGUCUCCCCCAGCAGAAUAACAUGCCGUCCUCUCAGGCAAAUCAAAAUUUGCAGCAACAUGUAAUUCAACAGAUGCUGCAAGAUAUUAUGAACAACAACCGGGGAAUGCCGCAGCAAUCCCUUGGGGGACCUAAUGUUAUAGGGAAUGUAGCAGCUGAUGUCAUUGGUGCUCCUGGAAACUUGACACCCAGGAUGAAUAACACAGGGCCAGCGAGAAGUGGGUCAAUGCUGGGGAAUGUCACAGCCGGCAUGCCGAACCAUCCCUUAGGUGCAGGCCCGACCAGGAGCAAUAGCUUUAAAUCGGUGACAAACACUAGUGCAAUCAGCGGUAACAGCUUUAAUUCGAGGCAAGACUUACCUCAGAACUUGCAUCUGCCGGAACUGGACCACGACAUCGCCCAGGAAUUUGCAGACAACGGGAUCUUCAACGGUGAGCCAACUGACAUGGGUUAUGACUGGAAGAUGUGAAAAAAUUUAUUAUAUAGGAUAGACUUUCCCUGAUUUCCUAAAGUAUCAGCAUAGUAUCGUAAUUGUAUAGAAUGUUCGAAUUGGUGUCUCGGUUUAUCGUCUCUCAAAAUGUAUGUCUUGCUUUAUUAUAAGUUACCCAAGGCUGGCAGUUUUUGAGCUUUGCCAUUUCUAACUGUAUUUCACUAUCCGCCUGCUGAACAAAACAAGAUCAAUGAACAUCUCUGUUCUCUCCC